UCAAACUAGAAAAAUCUAUAUAGUGUACCUCUCGAACCGACAAGCGGGUACAAAUGUGAUUGAUAUUAAACUUGUACACAUAAUAUCUGAGUUAUUAUAUCAAAUCGAUGGUUUCAUUGAUGACUUCAACUAACUAUUUAUUCAAAUUGUUAACAGAUAUUUUGAGUUGAUAUCUUUAUGGCUUGUCCACUGCAGUAUGAGAUCCAAUGUUUACCUCCAAUCUAAGGGUAAGCAUGACGAGUGAAAUUGAUAAGGGCUCUCAACUGCCUGGUAAUCAUUACUAAGCAAAUUCUUAAACUUGCACUCUUUUUAAUAGUAUAUAAGUGGGGGCAAUGAAUCUGGGAACGUGAAUCACAAAUUUACGAUAUCUUCGAUAGGCUAGUUCACCUUCACCUUCACCUUUGACACUGUUCGCUUAGUGAUAAGAGGAUAUGGAUUUAGCUACUGUUAUUCAGUAAAUAAACGGGCAUAUGUACAAUUCAUGAUGAUAAAUUGGAAAUAGCAGGGUAUAUCACUUAAAUACCCCUUUCAAAUGUUCUGAUAGAACUUGUUUACAAGUUCCCAAUUUACCAUAUAAUGAAAACGGGCUAGCUCCAAUUCGUUAUACCACCCACGAUGGUUAGGCAUUAGCUUAAAUUACCCAACUAAGCAUUACCUCUCAACAAAAUGAUUGUGCGUCAUCGUGACAAGGCUAUAAACUCCAUUCGUAAAUGGUUCGUCCGAUUUUCUUACCUCCAGCUGCCCGCUGCAGAAUGCAGAUUACCUGAGGCGGUUUAGUUCUCUUAGACAGCAGACUCUCUUACAGCUUUCAGCUUUCAGCUAGCGUAUUAGUAUUCAGAUUACGAAGCUUAUAUUAUUUAUAGUAUCGUUCAGUAGAACGGCGUUUCUCGUUCGACGCACAAUGCUGGGUGUUGUUGGGGUGCUCCUCCUGGUGGCGUUCGCCACACUGCUGCUGUGGGAUUUCCUCUGGCGCAGGCGGGGCAAUGGUAUAUUGCCGGGUCCGCGGCCACUUCCCUUCCUGGGCAACCUGCUCAUGUAUCGCGGUCUAGAUCCUGAACAAAUAAUGGACUUUGUCAAGAAGAACCAGCGCAAGUACGGUCGCCUUUACAGGGUGUGGAUUCUCCACCAGUUGGCCGUCUUCUCCACGGAUCCCCGAGACAUUGAGUUCGUCUUGAGCAGCCAGCAGCAUAUAACCAAGAAUAAUCUGUACAAGCUACUUAACUGCUGGCUGGGCGAUGGAUUGCUGAUGAGCACGGGCAGGAAGUGGCAUGGACGCAGAAAGAUCAUCACGCCCACCUUCCACUUCAAGAUUUUGGAACAGUUCGUCGAGAUAUUCGACCAACAAAGCGCCGUAAUGGUGGAGCAGCUUCAGUCGCGCGCCGACGGCAUGACUCCCAUUAACAUCUUUCCGGUGAUUUGUCUCACUGCCCUGGAUAUAAUCGCAGAAACUGCAAUGGGCACAAAAAUCAAUGCCCAAAAAAAUCCCAAUCUGCCCUAUGUCCAGGCUGUCAAUGAUGUCACCAACAUCUUGAUUAAACGUUUUAUCCACGCUUGGCAGCGGGUGGACUGGAUUUUCCGGCUAACGCAGCCAACAGAAGCUAAACGCCAGGACAAAGCUAUCAAGGUAAUGCACGACUUUACCGAGAACAUUAUCCGUGAGCGGCGUGAAACGCUGGUUAACAACUCGAAGGAAACAACCCCAGAAGAGGAAGUUAAUUUCUUGGGCCAAAAGCGACGGAUGGCUCUGCUGGAUGUGCUGCUGCAGUCCACAAUCGAUGGCGCCCCGUUGAGCGAUGAGGAUAUCCGCGAAGAGGUUGACACGUUUAUGUUCGAGGGCCAUGACACGACUACCUCGGCGAUUUCAUUCUGUUUAUAUGAAAUCUCAAGGCAUCCGGAGGUCCAACAGCGUCUGCAGCAGGAGAUCCGCGACGUCCUCGGCGAGGAUCGAAAGAGCCCAGUUACCCUUCGUGAUCUUGGUGAGCUGAAGUUUAUGGAGAACGUAAUUAAGGAGUCGCUGCGCCUGCACCCGCCAGUGCCCAUGAUCGGUCGCUGGUUCGCCGAGGAUGUGGAAAUACGUGGCAAGCAUAUUCCAGCAGGCACCAACUUUACGAUGGGCAUCUUUGUUCUUCUUCGUGAUCCUGAGUACUUCGAGUCUCCCGAUGAGUUCCGACCUGAAAGAUUCGAUGCGGAUGUCCCGCAGAUUCAUCCGUAUGCGUACAUUCCUUUCUCCGCUGGACCAAGAAACUGUAUCGGCCAGAAGUUUGCCAUGCUGGAAAUGAAGAGCACCGUCAGCAAGCUGCUCCGGCACUUCGAGCUGCUGCCCUUGGGUCCUGAGCCCCGCCACUCGAUGAACAUCGUCCUGCGGUCGGCCAACGGCGUUCAUCUUGGCCUGAAACCGCGCGCCUAAGGAAUUCAUUCUUGUGGGUCUAUCCAGCUCUAUUUGCAUAGAAUAAACGUGUAUACAAGU